GUGGUAUCGGAGAUCAAUUGUAGAUCCUACAGAAGUCAAACUCAGAGAAAGUAUCAAUGUUAUGAAUUUAGGCCACACUAAAGUAAGAUGAUCUUUUGGGACAGUUUUAUUUCACUGCUGGUAACCACCUACAUACAAUCACCCUAACACCCUUAUGACACACACACACAAAACCUUUUAACAUUUAAUAUUCUAACGAUUUACUGAGCUGGAUGGUUAUGGCUGUGUAAACCUUACCACAGCACGUUUAAACAGUCAUCUCACUGAACACCUGCCUGCAUGAUGAACGGAGAACCUUGUUUACCUCAAUCACUAGGCGACGGCUUUCCUCAUCUUACAGCUGGAUGAAUAUGUUCCUAUCAGCUACCAGGACUGGUAGUGGGACAUGGAUGCAUGUUGGACUCGCUUUCUACUGUCUAUAUGAUUCAGACUUUAAUCAAUUUUGUACACAACAAAAUUCAUUCAUUGCUUAAAAUGGCUCUAGCAAGUGGACACUGGGUUGAAAAGGACACUAAAGGAAUGCCACCCAGCCCGAGAGCUGGUCAUGCAUUUGCUGUGGCAGGAAAUAUUGCAUUCUUGCAUGGAGGCGUCUCAAAUGCAAAUUCUGUGCCUGAAUAUUUAAACGAUUUCUACAUGAUUACAGUUUCACCCUCAGGUAUAACAUGGGAGAUGAUGCCUCAGAAUGGAGUUAUACCACUUGCAAGAGAAGGCCACUCACUUUGUGUUGUUAAAGGAAAACUGUACUUAUUUGGAGGCUCCUGCUAUGCUGAAGCAAAAGAAUGUCUUCCAGGAGUUUACUGCUUCGACGUUGUUACAUUGAAAUGGGAAAAGCUGAACACCGGUGGUGUGGCGCUGAAGACUCUCAGACACAGCUCAGCAGCUUUAGGGGAUAAUAUCUACAUCUAUGGUGGAAUUCUGGAGGGAACACCUAGAGAUGACCUUAUGAUGUUCAACACAGUGUCAUUGAUUUGGACGCCUAUCAAAACAAGCGGGACUCCACCAUCUGCAAGAUAUAACCACACGUGUGCUGUUGUCAAUGAGCAGAUCUUCUUGUUUGGGGGAUGUGAAGCAGAUGGAUCCUACUACAAAGACAUUCAUGUCCUAAAUAUAGAGACCCUGACAUGGCAGAAAUGCGAGGUAAAGGGCGAGUCGCCGUUGUCCUGCACUGGUCAGACCUUCACAGCUCACCGUGACAAGGAUAUUUAUAUGUUCGGGGGGAUGAUCCAAAGCUCAGAUGGAAAAAUUUCAUCGACCAAUGAAAUUCACAAGCUGAGUCUGGCAAAGAUGAAAUGGAAGGUACCUCUGUAUGUGGGGAUUCCUCCGGCUAGACGUCACGGCCAUGCAGCCUUUAUUAUUCAUAGUCACAUGUAUGUGUUUGGAGGCAGAAAUGAAGAACAGGAAUUUAAUGACCUGAAGAUAAUGAAAUUAAUCAACCCAUCAGAGAGACAACCCGUGAUGAAGGAGAUUCUGUCUGAAUUUGGGCUUCAGGGUGUUAGUAACAGCUUUGUGCCGACGAAGGUUCCCAAUGUGAGGUAUGAGCUGAGUGAGACGCCAGUGGCCAUGAGGAUCGAGAGAACCGGGUCAGCACAGCCCACAGCUUAUCAAGAUUUCUCCACAGUUCGAGGUGAAGCACUGACACUGUUCCAUAAAGCUUUUGCCAUUUUAGACGAGCAGUUCCAAAAACUAGACAGAGAAAAGUCUGAUCUGUCAGAAGCAGUGGAAGUGCUGCGUUGUGAGAGACAGGCCAUCAAUGAAUAUCAUCAGAAACAGAGCCAGGAAAUUCAAGACAUGCUAGAGAGACACAGACUUCAGAAUGAGGCUUGGCUAAGAGCUCGGGCUGAAGAGAAUGACAAGGAGAGGAAGGAGCUGUGCAAACUCAGGGAGGAAGUGCUCCAUGAGCAGGAGAAGCUGAAAGAAGAGCAGUGCAACAUCCAAAAACGCAGCGAGCACCUCCUGUCCAUUAUGCAGCAGUUCAAAGGCAUGUGAAGACACUGUCUCUAUGGCAACCGGAAGGAGGGGAGAGGGGGCCGAGUUUUUUUGUUUUCCAUCGCACUUCUUCAAUGUCAAAGCUCGCUCACGGGCCGUGCCGUCGAUAUGGACCAUUGCAGAAAUGCAUAUGUGGAUAGUAUAUUUCCAUAAUUACCAUUUAGCUUCUGUCCUACAGACAGAGACAGAUGGAAUUAUGUGACUAAAAAAAUAAAAACAGCUAAUUUGACUAAGCAAGAAAAAUGCAGACAUUUAGAACUGAGAGCCAGAAGAAACAAAUACUAGAAAAUGGAUUGAUUAAUUUAAUUGAUUUAAAAUCAUGUGUUGUCGAAUAUAAAUAGGUUUGUGAAGCCUAUUGCCUUUCCUUUGUUGUUGUCUUUAUCUUAAAGAAUGUAGAUAAAACAGCUAUUAAUCUGAUCAUUUCUGAUAAGAUCAUGUUUGAAAUUUAAGUAAUUUACUGAUUAAGCCUGGAUUAUUGCAUGAAAUAUAAUAAAAGCUUAGGCAUGCCUGUCCAUAAGCUCGACUUUUUUGUUCUGAUGAGUAUCCCAGGUCUAUUCUGCUAUCAGUUUAAUAAUAUUUUGUAACAUAUAAUAUAUCAUAUCAGAAGCUUUUUUUGGGCUAAUUAUCAUUUCAAUAUUUAAUUCUUUGUCAAUGGGUGUAUUCGCAUUUAUUACACUGUGUAUUAAACAUGGGUAUAGGGAUCAGUUGUGUUUUCUAUGGUUUGUAAGCAUGCUCGAUGUUACUAUAACAGGUCUGAAUAAAACGGCUUUCGGGUCAGGGUCCCGGUAGAUCUGGAGCCUAUCCGGGAAACACUGGGCAUCAUGUAUAUUGCAGGUCACAGACACAAACUCAUUGACUCCUGAGGACAGUCCAGGAUUUAAAGAAAUCUAAAGGAAAUAUGCACAGAAAAUGCAGUACGAUGAUAAUGUUUAUGCAUUACUGACUUCAGAGUCAGAGUUGUGGUGGGAACAUCUGCCACCCUAUAGCACCCCUGGCCUGAAUACACCUACAUCCUAACUGAAAAGACAUUCUCCUGGUUUUAACAUAGAGAUAAUGUAUUCAGUGCAGUACACAUAGUCAUGAAUGUUUUUUUGUUUUGUUUUUGUUGUUUUUUUAAUCUAACGUGAUUUAUUGAUUCUAAACAAAACCAUACACAUUUUUUUAACCUCAUCCUUGUCGCAUUGUCUGCGCAGACACACAAAUUUUGCCCUCAAGUUGAAAGCAGAGGGUGAAAAAAAAGAUGGAAACUGUACAGGCGCUCACUAUCGUGCAGGAAGUCCGGGUUCCGCGCGGCAGAGACUACCUUCUGAGGGAGGAGCACUAUUUGGCAGAGUGAGUGAGUGAGAGGGAGGGAGCUAGGGGGAAGUCUCGGCCGCAGUUGAGCUCAUCAAAACGGCUGCUGCUGGAUUCAGAGAGCAGGAGAGGAAAUUUUUCCGUAGCAUGCUAUAAAUUCACAC